UCUGGCGUGAGCAUGUGAAGCUGCGAUGGGCCGUUUGUAAAGAGAGGUCCUAUCUACUGUACAUCAUGCAGCCCUUGGAACCCAGUGUGAGAGAAGAAUUUUUAAAAUACUACUGUCCUCUAACGUUGGACCCCAACACAGCCAACAGGCGCCUGAGUCUCUCUGAAGGGAACAGGAAGGCCACACUAAUGGCAGAUGUCCAAAUGUAUACUGAACAUGCUGAGCGAUUCGAUCACCGGCCACAAGUUCUGUGCAAAGAGGGUCUGUUGGGGUCUCGCUUUUACUGGGAAGUGGAGUGGAGUGGAGGAGGAGCCGAAAUUGGAGUCGCAUAUAAAGAAAUCGACAGGAAAGAUUGGUCCAAAGAAGGACGACUAGGAUUUAAUGACAAAUCAUGGAUUGUGCUCUGCUCUGAUACCAGUUCCUGUGCUUGGCCAGACAAAAUAAAAUUAUUGGCCCGCCCUGAUCCUAAAAUUGGGAUAUACCUUAACUGUCUCUUUGGCACCCUCUCAUUUUACAACAUAUCUGACCCAAUGACCCUCCUAUAUUGUUUCAAGAGCACAUUCACUGAGCCCCUCUAUCCUGGAUUUCGGCUUCAUUAUAACUUUUCCGGGGACAGUGACUCCAGUGUGACGAUAUGCCAGCUAAGCCAAUCUAACCAUCUGUAACCUGUAAACCUGUAAAUCCUCUUCCGUUUGCUCAAAGGCUGUUGAAUAGCCCACUUUUUAAGGUGCCUCCUAUGUGUGAGGCUGCCACAAAAAGACCUCCUGGGUUCAAAUUCCCAUAGCACCCCCAUAGUGUUUUUUAAGUUGUAAAACUUGUAAUGUGUAAUACAAGGCAUAUUCUAAUGAACAACUCAUCAGGUCCCAUUGUGUCUUCUUUAAAUUGGCCAGUAACGUUUCAUUUUCCACUAAUCUAUAAAUAUGAAAUGCUAAUAUCUGUCGGUCUGUCACGCAAUUACUUGCGGACUAAUGGGGCUAGAACCUUGAUCUUGGCCUUAAUCAAAACCUUAUGACUUAAAAAAUUUGGUAGCGGCAUCCUCAGCAAAAUGACCUGUGGUUUUCACUUUAUGACAAAGUGAACGAAAAAGUGAGUGAUAACCACCAUAAUGACAGAAAGAAAAAGAAGAGCAGUGACAUCUGCUGAACAUCAAGCACAUCACAGACAGUGAUAAAGUGAUGACAAAUGACAAAGAAUAAGAAGACAAGGCAAUGAAGCACACAGACAAGCAGGAAUUAAUAUUUUGAUAUUUGGUGUACUCUUUUAAUCCCCGAGAGGAAAUUGUCUUUUUGCAUGACCUUAGGAGGAAUAUAGCCUGAUAUGUUCAGGAAAUUCUAAAAAUUUUGAGAAGCAUCAACCUGGUGGCCACUUUAAUGGUAGCCAGAAAAGUUUAUUGUGAUUAAAGUGUGGUAUCUGCAAGCCCAGCUAUUGGUAAUCCCCAGGACAUGGUAAAUAUGUGUUCAGAAUUCGUAAUCAAGUGUAAUUAUUGUGUUUGUUGAUCUUUGAACAUGGAACUUCUUUAUUAAAUGUAAAUAA